GGUCCUAUCUCCAAAUAUAGUCACUUUGGGGGUUCGGGCUUCAAAAUAUGAAUUUUAGGGGGACACAUUCAGUGCGUAACACUAACCAAGGGGAAAAGGUCUAGAAAGCGCAUAUAUUCAAAAGAAGUGGGAAAAGCACAGUAGCUCCAGAUAUGGAGGGAACGAAAAGAAUCAUGAGCCAGUGUUUUCCACAACUCUGCACUAAAGUUGAAAUCCUGGAAGACAGAUGAAAUUUUAGGAAAGUAUAGAUUUUCAAGACUGACUUUAGGAGAAUAAAAAUCAGAAUAACCAGUCCAUGUGUUUUUGAAUAUAAUGAACAAGGGGCGCUGAGCCUGGGGACCUUAGAUGCUACAGUGAUCCCCUCUCUCAGGGAACUGAGACCUUGGCUUCUUUGCUAUUAGAAGGCUGGCAAGUGUGAGGAGGCAGCCUCGUACCUCAUCCGGCCCAGCUUCCUCAAGCUCCAGCCCUUCUCUGAGAGGGACACCAGGUGAUGGCAGCCAUACUCCUGACAGCCUGGCCCCAGAAGUCCGUGACCUUCGAGGAUGUGGCUGUGUACUUCACUCAGACGGAAUGGGACAGCCUGUCCCCUGCACAGAGGGCCUUGUACAGGGAUGUGAUGCUGGAGAAUUAUGGGAAUGUGGCUUCCCUGGGAUUUCCGCUUCUCAAACCUACUGUGAUUUCACAACUGGAGGGAGGAGGUGAGCUGGGGGGCCCAUUUCUACUGGCUGCUGGAACAGAAACAGGCCCCAAGGCCCUUUGGACUGUAGAUAUUGAUAUCCAGACUGAUGAUAAUUUGACAAAGGAAAUGUAUGAAGAAAAAGUUAAUACAUCAUUUGAACUUCAGAAGGACUUUUCCCAGGAAACAGACUUUGCAGAAGCCUUUAUUCUAGAGAAAUGGCAGGAAGUUCACGCAGUAGGAAGUAUGAAGAAAGAAAACAGUGUCUUUGACGGAACACUGAAAGAAGACACAAGCCCCAUGAAGGGGUGUUUCUUUCGUCAAAGUCCAAACUUGAAUCAAUGUCGUACCUUCUCCACUGGAGUGCAGUCCCCUGAGUGUACAGGAUUGGAGAAAGCCUUCAACUUUGACACAAAACUUAUUCAGCAUGAAAUAAUUAAUACUGGGAAAAGACCUUUCAAAUGUGAAGAAUUAGUGGAAACCUUUAGGUGUAACUCUCAACUUACUCAGCAUCAAGAUAGUUACACUGGGGAGAAGCCCUAUCAGUGUAAGGAGUGUGGCAAAGCCUUUAGUGUUCAUGCAAAAUUAAUUUGGCAUCAAAGACUUCAUAGUGGGGAGAAACCCUUCAAGUGUGUGGAGUGUGGGAAAAGCUUCAGUUACAGUUCCCAUUAUAUUACACAUCAGACAAUCCACAGCGGGGAGAAGCCCUAUCAGUGUAAGGUGUGUGGGAAAGCCUUCAGCGUUAAUGGGAGUCUAAGUAGGCAUCAGAGAAUCCACACAGGAGAGAAGCCCUAUCAGUGCAAGGAGUGUGGAAAUGGCUUCAGCUGCAGUUCUGCGUAUAUCACACAUCAGAGAGUCCACACUGGAGAGAAACCUUACGAGUGUAAUGACUGUGGGAAAGCCUUCAAUGUUAAUGCAAAAUUAAUUCAACAUCAGAGAAUCCACACCGGAGAGAAACCUUAUGAAUGUAAUGAGUGUGGGAAAGGCUUCAGGUGCAGCUCCCAGCUUAGGCAGCAUCAAAGCAUCCACACUGGAGAGAAGCCCUAUCAGUGUAAGGAGUGUGGAAAAGCCUUUAGUAAUAAUGCAAAACUCAUUCAGCAUCAAAGAAUUCACACAGGUGAGAAACCCUAUGAGUGUACUGAAUGUGGAAAAGCCUUUAGCGUCAAAGGGAAGUUAAUCCAGCACCAGAGAAUCCACACAGGUGAGAAACCCUAUGAGUGUAAAGAAUGUGGGAAAGCCUUCAGGUGUAACUCGCAGCUUCGGCAGCAUCUGAGAAUCCACACUGGGGAGAAGCCCUAUGAGUGUAAUGAGUGUGGAAAAGCCUUCAAUGUUAAUGCAAAACUAAUGCAGCAUCAGAGGAUUCAUACUGGGGAGAAACCAUUUGAAUGUAAUGAGUGUGGGAAAUGCUUUACUUCUAAAAGAAACCUACUGGAUCAUCACCGAAUCCAUACUGGAGAAAAGCCUUAUCAAUGUAAGGAAUGUGGGAAAGCCUUCAGUAUCAAUGCCAAACUAACUAGGCAUCAGAGAAUACAUACUGGGGAGAAACCUUUCAAAUGUAUGGAAUGUGAGAAAGCGUUUAGCUGUAGUUCUGACUAUAUUGUGCAUCAGAGAAUCCACACUGGAGAGAAACCCUUUCAAUGUAAGGAGUGUGGAAAAGCCUUCCAUGUUAAUGCCCAUUUAAUUCGACAUCAGAGAAGCCACACUGGGGAGAAACCCUUCAGAUGUGUGGAGUGUGGCAAAGGCUUCAGCUAUAGUUCUGACUGUAUUAUACAUCAGACUGUCCAUACUUGGAAAAAACCUUAUGUUUGUAAUAUGUGUGGGAAAGCCUUCAGGUUUAACUUCCAACUUAGUCAGCAUCAGAAUUUCCAUAGUGAAGGAAAAUCCUAAUGAGAAGGAUGUAGAAAACUGUCAAGGUUCGUGCUGAAAUGGAUCAAGUAUCAUCAGAUUCACCCUGGUGGAAAACGCUGAGAGGGGAAAUAAAUAUGACAGAGUCUUCACAUGGAAACAAGCCUUUUCCAUUUUAUUCCAUUUUAAAUCAGGAAUGAUGACCAGUUAAAAAGUAACAUCCAAAAAUAAAUUAUUUUACACCAACAACCAUAGAAAAUAUCCCAUUCCGAACAGCAUCAAGAAAAGAUUUUCUAGGAAUAGACUUAAUUAUUUUGGAUGACCUAUAUGGAGAAAUUAUAAAUCUCCACUGAGGACCUCAAAAGGAACCUUAAAUAUAUGGGGGAGAGAGAGAGACCGUUUUCUUGGAUAUGAAAACUCAUAAAGAUAUUCAUUCUACCUAAAUUAAUUUAUUUCCCCUUGAUUUUUGACAACAAGCAUGCAUCCCUUUUGUAAAGAGGAAAAAAAAUAAAACUUUCCUUU